AUAACGGUGUUUUGUAGUAAACCAAAUAAGGUUCUGUCGUGCCGGCCGGUCGCGACGUUAGGAGUAGCACGCUUAACGGUAACUCAGCCUCAAUCAGCCUCAGCGAAACACGACGACAACUAUCUUGGCAUCGCUAUCUUGAUGAUGCCGUGGUAGUCGCAGGCCAGGGCCGUCUGCGAGACGCCUAACAACCCUGAGGAAAGCAGCACCGACAGCAUCAACGGGAGCCCUCUGGCGCGCAUCCAUCAGCAAGCAACCUCUGCUUGCGGCUCAGAAGCCUCCUCUAAAGGCUGGGAGCUGCGGUCAUCUGAGGCGGCUGAGAGUGGGCAUUCCAAUCAGGAGUCUCCCAGGAACGGAAGCCACGCGGCCCGUAGCAGCAGCGAUGGAACCGGUGAACGUGGCAACAGCAGCGGGAGCGACGACGGAGGCAGCACUAGCGGCGGAGGGGCCCCGCACCCCUGCAGCAACAGCGGCUCCAGACGGCAGCGGCCUAGGGAAUGCUGGUGGCUCCGCCGUCGCAACGGCAGCUGCGCUCUCCAAAUGCACGGCAGCGGCGACAGCUUCACCUGCGGUGGCGUCCGCCGUACGACGAAGCAGACGACUCACGGCAGCCGGGAGCGCUGCCGUACUGCCUCUCCAACCGCAACAAGCGACACCGGUAGUGGUCCCGUCGGCCAUACCGGUAGCUGCAGGCAAGAUGAGCGCUGCUGCCGGCCCUGGCUCGCCGGUAACGCCCCCAGUAACGCCGUUUCCGCUAGCGCCGCUGGCGUCGUCAGCGGCGGCGGCGGCGCCCGUGAUGACGACGGAUGAGGAGAUGACUGUACGGCCGCAGUCGCCGUCCGUACUGCGUAGUGCUGCUGACCUGGAGGCGGCUGUGGCAUACCUGCGCGCCCGGGAUCCAUUGCUGAUUCCUCUCAUAGAAGCCCACGGUCUACCGCACCCGCUGAUUGUCACUGAGGGCUUCAGCACUACUGGCGCUGUUGGCGACACCAGCAGGAACAGUGACAUGACUGCUGCCGUCGCCACCGCCACCGCUGCUGCCUUGGCUGAGUGGACUAACGGCGGCGGUGGUGGCAGGAGUGUGUUUGCCGCCCUGACUCGCUCGGUUGUGUAUCAGCAGCUGGCCACGAACGCGGCAUCAGCCAUCUGGGCUAGAGUGCUUGCCGUGUGCAAGGCUCCCAGCGGCGAUCACAUCACGCCAAGUCAAGUUCUGGCGGCGCCGCCGGAGCAGCUGCGAGCAGCCGGUCUCAGCGGUCGCAAAGUAGAGUACCUGACGGGAUUAGCGGAAGCUUUUGCAACACGCAAUGGUUGGGACGAGCAGCUGUCAGCUACCACCGACCUCGCAACCCUAGUUUCGGAGCUGACUCCUCUCCGCGGCAUCGGCACCUGGACAGUCCACAUGCUAGCCAUGUUCCACUUGGGCCUCCCGGACGUAUUGCCGUACGGCGAUCUGGGUGUACGGCGCGGGCUACAACUGCUACACGGGCUGCAGCAGCUACCGGAGCCGGCCCAACUGGAGGCGAUGACGGAGGCUUGGAAGCCGUACAGGUCCGUUGGGUCAUGGUACAUGUGGCGGAUCCCGCCACCACCCAAGGCAGCUGGCGGCGGUGGCGGCGGGAAGAGCAUGUCCGCGAAAGCAGAGACGGGUGGAACUGCCCGUUCUAGGACCGCUGCGCAGGCCAAGAGCGGCGGCAAGCGGAGUAAGUUAGGGAGAGGUGCUGCUGCUGCAAAGAGCGGUGCUAGUGGGGUUGACGAGGAGGAGGAGGAGGAGGAGAAGGAGGAGGGGGAGGGCGGCAACGACAGUGAUAGCGACUGGGAGGAGAGUGGAGGUGCAGGUCGAAGCAAGGGGAAGAGGAGCAGGCGCAAGCGCGGAUAAGGAGGCGGCCGGGGACCGGAAGGGAGGGGACCAUGAAGGAGUCGGGCUGAAUGCGUGGCUACAUACCGCAUGCCGUACAUGCUAAUAUGUACGCUUGCGAGCACGUGUGUUGUGUUGUGUGGGCUCUGGUGGGGAUGUACAGGUUGUUAACGGUUACUGACCGGUAUUCGGUGUCCAGAGGAGUUGGCGUGCGUGUCGUGCGGUUGCCGUACAUGCGUCUGUCCCAGAAAUCAAAGAUACCAUGCGAUGGAGAUAAGUCGUUCACGGUUGGUCUUGGCUUGCCAUGUGUUUUUAGACGGCGAGAAAAAGCACGGCAUUGCUGUGGGGCGCAGUGUUUUUGCCGCUGCAGUACGGUAGGAUGGCUGGCAGGCUGGCGACCGUACUUGGGUCCUAGACUUGCUACCGGUACGUGCUCCGGACCUCGGGGCCAUGCACGCAUGCGUAUACCUCUUAGCCAUUUGCAAACUUGCAUCCCUUGCAAAGCGUGGAUUAACGUGACGUUUACAUGCAGAUAAGACACACGGUACAGACUGCGGCC